AUGUGCCCCGCACAACCGGCAAAACUCAGAUGCUUUUCAUCCCCCGGGUCGCGGAUCCCAGCAUCACCAGCCGUUCCGCAGCUAACGCAUUGUUCACAAGAUGAGGCAAGCGCCUCCCCUUUCCGCAGAUCCAUCGGAGCAAGAAAUCGUACUUUUUCUGCAGGGCCCAAGGAGAGCAAUGUUCAGGCCCAAGCGUGCCACUCAGCUGCUAUUGCAGAGAAUCAACAUAGGAACACUUGUAUUACGGCCUUUGAAGGGUCGCGGAAGACUAUUCAUGCUGAAGGUGGAGCUGCGGGAGCAUGUAGGUGCUUAGAGGCAGUGACGUGUGCGUGCAACCGAAAGGAAGCAUUCUUUCCAAGGGAGUACCAAAAUCCCCAGAGCCGCCUUCCCUCUACGGAGCAUGAAGGGUUGGAAAAAGGGCACCAAACAGAACAAAAUACGAAUGAAAACACAGUAGCACCUAUGCUCGGCAAUGAUUCGUUUUCGCAACCUUCGAGUGCUUUCCUUGGAGGCCCUACUCAGGAGGAUGCCUGUCCAACUGAAUGUGCAAAAUCCGCAACACUUUCAACUGAUACAUUUUCUCGAGAAAAGGAUUCGAUUAGCCGCAGCACAUUAGCGAAAAUGGAAGACCAACAAGAAUGCAAAAAUGUGCAUGAAAUCCAGGUCCACUAUGACGACUUACUCAGACCCAUACACAGAGCAAACGUAUGCACAGCUGCAACGAGUGUACCUGUGGAAGAGUUUCAACAGCAGCCUGUCGACAGUGAAGUUGGGUCCUUCCCUGUCUGCACAUCUUCGUCUGGCUGCCCAUUGCCGUCCCUCGCUUCCUCUGAGCUUUUGUACCUUCUACAGCAGAGCAUCCGUUCCGCUAAAAGUGCUGCAGUUGCCAUGGCGAAUUAUUCGUCUUGCUUAUCGAAUAUGCUGGAGACGGAAGCGCAAACAAUUACAGGGGACAGCACCACUGAUCUCUUGGUUCCGGGACACCAUGAAAGGGGGAAUGCAAGCGAGAUUGACAGCAGUUGUUUAGUCACACCGGCAAAUUCAAGGCUUCCGCCGCCUUCAGGAUUUCCCGUUUUGACAACUCGUAGUCAACGCACUUGUCAUUCUCCUCAUAAUUGUAUCCAUACAGUGGUACCUGGGGUCGUCACAGUGGCAGUGAGCAGUCCGCAGAUACGCCGGUGUUUUCAUUCCGAGAGGGAAUCCACUUCCCCACUCCAACCAUAUUCUUUACAUGCGUACGCAGCUUCAAAGACGACGUGUAACAACCAGUCAUUGGCAGACUUGGCGGGAAUGGAGGACUUGAAGCUUGCUUGCCCCUCCUCCCCUCCUAGUACAGUGAUUCCCUGUCCUGUGACACAACGGCGUACUGCACGCAGUGCAGUGUCUAUCCCGGUGGUUAAGUCAAAUGAAGAUACCACCGUAACGAUGAAGAAUGAACGCCCUCACCGAGACGAAACACGCGAAGAUGCUUCACAUCAUCUGGGAGUCUCUUCAACUAGCAACGUGGAGGAGCGAUGCAAAGCGAAAACUGAGUUUCCUCAGGACAGCAAAGCAGCAAGCUGUGCUGAAAAACUACCCGAGUUACGCAUUUUCACCGUCAUCCAGGAUACCAAGGAUCUGCAGCGCCGCGAAGUAGAAGAAAGCAUCCUGCACACACACAAAGUAGCAAGCAAAUACCAGAGCCAACCUCUUCCAGGCUCAGUAGUAGCUACGCCUUCUGCUACUUUGCUCAGUUCACCACAUGAGAACUCUGACAACAAAUUGACAGCGUGCACCUCGGCUGGCAGAAGCCUGACCAGCCGAUUCCUGGCACACAUUCGUCAAGGCAUUCGCCUUACACGUCGUCGACACAGAAGUACAAGCACCACCCGAAUUCACGGAGCCCGUCCACUGCGCGAGGCCUCCACUAAUCCUGGAGGAGCUGGAUGCGGAGGAGAAAAGGGACUUCACACGUUUCGGGAAUCGUGUGUCCGGCUUCAAGCUCAGUCAGCGGGGACAAAAGAAGAUUCGGCUGCACAUGAUGCACCAGCAGAGUUUCGACCAUUCACCUAUGACAGCAGAGAAACAGCUGGUGUACACUUGGCCGUUCCAACUAUGAAGAUGGUGUCACAGCUCGCUGCAAACGCGGAAGAAGCCGGGCAUACUACAAAUGGGAGUGAGCUGUGUCCUGCUGGGCUAAAGCGGCACUCAAGUCAGAGAGCAGCAUCUCAGGAUCACGCACCUCGUGACAGUGUUAAAGAGGCAUUGCUACUUGACGCUCCCGUUUUCUCGGUAUCGGCCUCCCAUAGCUGCCUUCCUCCCACAGACGCAUGGAGUAAUUCAUAUUCAAGGGACCCGACACCAUUAUCAGGUUACUUAAUGGCGAAUUCAAGAGGCAGCUUUCCAUCUACACAGUUGGCAACAUACCCGAAGGCUGUCCGCAGCUGCUUCUCUCAGCAACAGGAGGUGCCUAAUAAUGUUCAUAGUGGAGCUGCAACGAUUAGUAGUACGCUCGAAGACUCAAAUAACUGGAGAGAAACUGCCAAUACACUCAAUAAGGACUACUGCCAGUUCAGUGUGCAUGAUGCUAAAGGUUGCCUGGACACUCCAAGAACGAUCACCGCAUCAUUGGAUGUCAUUGCAAAUAGAAGAAUAGCGAAAGGCGGCUCCUGCAUUCACCAAUCGGGCCGCCUUUUGGAGAAGGCAGAGUUGCAAAAAUGGCAGGACCUCCUCGAGCUUAACAAUAUUAUUCAGCGAGGGGCCCGUUGA